AUGGCGGAUUAUCUUGGUGAUGAGGCAUUGCCAGUGGUGUGCGACAAUGGGACAAGCACGGUGAAGGUCGGGUUCACUGGCGAUGACACAACGCGUGCGGUGUUCCCGAGCAUGGUGGUGCUGUCACAUCAUAGGGGCGUGAUGGUGGGGAUGGGCCAUAGGGAUGCGUACAUGGAUGACGAGGCGUAA